AAAAAGGGCGGCAGAGUUCAAGCCUGGAUACUUCUUGGAGGCGGCCACAGCUUCAGCACCAUGGAGAGUAGCCGGCUCUGUCUUCUCACUCUCAUGAGCGCCGCUCUGCUCAUCUCUUCCAACUGCCAAGAAUCCGAGCUGCAAGCCAGGUCCCUGGACCACUACUCGGGUAAAGACGACUCCUCUCAAGAAAAGGAACUGAUUGAAGCCUUGCAGGAAGUCCUGGAAAAAUUGAAGAGCAAACGGAUGCCAACCUACGAGAAAAAGUUCGGAAUGGUCCCGAUGUGUGAUGCUGGGGAACAAUGUGCCGUGAGGAAAGGGGCCAGAAUUGGAAAACUCUGUGACUGUCCCAGAGGAACCUUCUGCAACUCAUUCCUCUUGAAGUGUUUGUAGAGAGCAAAGGCCAAAUCUGCGCAUUUGCAACACAUCCUUGUUACGACAGUAUAUAAUUACUUGAAAUUAAUCUGGCCUAUAAAACAUAAUCUAUUUACCAAAAAACAAAGAAUAGUGAAAUGCAUUGACAUGCAAUUCUACAGUCUUGUAGAUCUAGUGUGGGGGAUAGUAAAUCAUGUUUCCACUGUUGCUAUGGCACUGUUGUGUACAAUUGUGUCUUUUUACUUAUGGUUAAAAAAAGUUGUUUCUGCCUGUGCCGGUUAAUGAGUUCCAGAUAUUUCACAAAAUGCUAAAUGUUUAACUUUCAGUCACAGAAUGGCGUGACGCAUUUAUAAUACUGUAUUUUUGUAUUUAAAAUGCAUUAAACCUACUAAUAAAAUCA